GCGUCAGUUCCUGUUUAAAGGAUCGUGCUUGAACAGUCUGGGGCCCUGAGCUGUCGAGCGAGAUGGAACGCGGAGCUUGGUGGCGGCGGGCGGAUAGGGAGCGAAUACGGUAGAGAUUCUGGAACGGUGUGUCUUUUUGAUUGUACCUAUCUGCGACGUGCGGCGAAAAGUGAAAAGGCGAAGGAACGGCGGUGGCUGCUGCCUCCGGAUCCGGCCUCUCUUCAACACCCUGAGAGUUGGUAUGUGAAAUAUUUGAAGUACAAUAUUUUGGUUCAGUGUGUGGUGGCAAUGGCUGAGCAAGUGGUGAAGGAAGAAAUAAUCAAAGUUUCCAUGUUCCAGGGAGAUUCCCACAGUGUCUGGAGAGCUCCUCGCAAUACACCAGUCAUCACCAUCUCUGACGAUUCUGAUUCAGAUGAUGAACCAUCACUUGUGCCCAUUAAAGAUCGACUGACAGAAGAUCAAGAUGUUGUGCUAAUUGAGACACCAGUGAGACAAAUCCGACCACCUAUCAUCAUCCAGCCUGCAUCUGAAUGGCAGAAAGUUCAACAGAGAGAUCACCCUACAAAAAACCAGGGAGCUAAUGGAAACUUACAUGAGGAACAGAACUGUAUCAUCGUGACGCCGCAUAAACAACAUGUGGUUGUGCCAGAUAUUGGGGCUCGAGCAGAACCAGAUGCAACUUGUCCUCAGCCAGCCAGAGAUGUGGAGGCUGCCCUAGCUGCAGAGCAUCACCUUGGGCAGAAAAAUAAUGAACAAAAUGGGGUAGAUCCUGGAGCAGUUGCUGGUCCCAGUGAGCUUCCAAUUAGGGAAACAAAUGAAUUAGAACUACUGGACAUGCCACUUCACUCAGCAGCAAAGACAGUGGAAGUAGAGCAGGAGGAAGCACAAGUGAACUUGGUGGCAGACCAAGAUCCUGUGUUGCCUCAGCCAGAUGUUGUGCAGGAAGCUGCCGGAGAAGAGAUUCAGCCAAUUGCUAAUGAUCCAAUUGUGCAAGAACAGCAGAGGGAAGAUGAAUUGGAUAAUAUAAUAAUGGAUUUGGAAAACCUUGAGGAUGCUGCUGGAGAAGGCAAUGAACUCUUAAGGUCACUAGUGAAAGAAACGGUGAAUCUGUUUCCUGAAAUAGAAGAACAGUUUGUUGAAGAGCUGAUUACAACACAUGAGAUCUGGGAUUUAAAUGUCUUGUGUAACCAUCUCCUAGAAAAUCCUGAUUAUCCGAAGAAAAGUUUAAUUUUCACACACAACAGCAGUUUGCUUGAAAGUAAUGAAGAGAAACCCAAGAUCGAUUUCUUUGACUUCUCAAAGCUUGCACCUGUAAACCAGCAAUGUUUUCUUCAGGCUUCUGACCUCCUCAUGGCAGAUUUCAAAAUGCUCAACAGUCAAGAUAUCAAAUGGGCUUUACAUGAGCUCAAGGGACACUAUGCAAUCACCCGCAAGGCCUUAUCAGAUGCUAUUAAGAAAUGGCAGGAAAACUCACCGCAAUCUAGUCAGAAAAAGACCAGACGAAAAGAAAUGAACUCAUCUAAUUCAAUCAGUUUCAAAUUUGAACAAGGUGCCUUUAAAAUAGAGAGACAGAUGCGCUUUCUGGAAAACAAAAGACGACAUUGGCGAUCAUAUGACCAGGAUGGUCUUCAUCCACUGGUGCGACAAGAGCUGGAGUUCUUCCAUCAGAAGAUGAAAGAGAUGGAAGAGUAUGCAGAUUUUCAAUUUGCUAUGCAAAUGAAUGAAGAACAAUAUCAGAAGGAUGGACAGCUGAUUGAAUGUGGCUGCUGUUAUGGGGAAUUUGCCUUUGAGGAGUUGACGCAAUGCAGUGAUGGUCAUCUCUUUUGCAAAGAAUGCCUCGUGAGAUAUGCACAGGAAGCUGUGUUUGGAGCUGGCAAGUCCCAGCUGAGCUGUAUGGAUAGCUGCUGUACCUGUACAUUCCUCAAUGGUGAGCUGGAGAAAGUAUUGCCAGAGAACAUACUAUGCAAAUACUAUGAGCGUCAAGCAGAGGAGGCGAUUGCUACUGCCUGUGCUGAUGAACUUGUACGAUGUCCAUUCUGCAACUUCCCUGCACUACUGGACAAAGAAAUAAAUAUGUUCAGCUGUCCCAACCCUCGCUGUCGAAAGGAAAGUUGCAGGAAGUGUCAGGUGUUGUGGAAAGACCAUGCUGGACUGUCGUGCGAUCAAGUGGUUGAGAAAGAUGAAAUCAAGUUCAGGACAUCAUUCGAAGAGAAGAUGACAGCAGCAGCAAUCAGGAAAUGUCACAGAUGUACAAUGGGCCUCAUAAAAUCGGAAGGAUGCAACAGGAUGUCUUGUCGUUGUGGGGCCCAGAUCUGCUACCUCUGCCGAGCUCCAAUAAAUGGCUAUGACCAUUUCUGUCAACACCCACGGUCGCCAGGUGCACCUUGUCGUUUGUGCAAAAGAUGCUCUUUGUGGACGGAUCCUAAGGAUGAUGAUGAGAGACUAAUCCGAGAGAUUCAAAGUGAAGCUGAGAAUGAACAGAAAAAGAGGAUUGGAGAGCAAGGCGUGAAAAGAAUUGGGCCUCCACCAGAUGAUCCUCCUCCAAAGAACGCAAGAGUUGAAGAGCGGGGUCAACCAAUGCAUCAAGGAGUAAAUUUCAAUCGCAAUGACCUUCCAAGGCCAGCACCAAUGAUUCCUGAAUAUCCCCCUAUCCCAGCAGUGCCCCCCCAUCUCCAGGUCCCAUUUCCCCCUGCCCCCUAUUUUCAUUUCUUUGAUGCUUUACAGCAUAUUAAUUUUGAGCAGGACUACCCUAUGCACUUUGGUCCACAGCCCUACCAUCGUCAUCGCCAUCGCCAUCGCCCUAAUCCUCAAGGGCUUCCACACCCACACCAUCACCAUCCUCCACACCAUCACCAUGACAGGCCCCAUGGACAACCAAAUGUGCCACCAGUUUAUCAGCCACCACAGAACCGUGUUUUGUUUAACUUUAUACCACAGCCGCAGCAACAUAACCUUUAAUGACUAGCAUUGCCCCUGUAAAUUUUAUUUUGAGCCAAAGAGACCUUUGGUGUUUGUUGUUUGGUGAAUGUAUAAAUGAAUGGCCGCAGAUUUACUGUAAAUAUGAUCAAAUAAACCAUGUUUUUCCAUUUGCAGUAGACAAAGAUUUUUGUUCUGUUUGCUGUAUAAAUGAGUGGUGCUGAAUUUAAUUCUGAGAUCUGGUUGCUCCAGCUAGACUCUAAAGGUCAUAUGAGCAACAAUGUGAAGUUGUUUAUAAUUAGAGUAUUCCCUCUAGAACACAGUUCCCAACCCUGGGGUCCACAGGCUCCUCGGUUAAUGGUAGGAGGUCCAUGGCAUAAAAAAGGUUGGGAAUCCUUGCUCUAGAGUGAGCCAAACAAAAGUACAAUGUGCAUAUCCUAUGCUUGCUUUAGUUCAGUGGCUUAUGCAGUUGCACCUUCUGUAAAUGCCUGUAAGAAAAUGAAUCUUAAGGUAGUAUUUGGUGACAUAUAUGUACUUUGGUAAUAAAUUCGCAUGGAACUUUGAACUUAUCAGUUUGGGCUGAACUAAUACUGAAACCUAGGCACAGAUUACACACGUAUCUGGUGUCAUACAUGUAGCAUUCUCAGAAAUAACCAACAAACGUGCACUGUGCAGAUCCAUCGUUGACGGCAAAUUCAAAGUAAAUUUAUUAUCAAAGUACAGAUAUACAAGACUUCCAAAAAUUUUAGAUGACAUACUGAACCUUUGCAAACUUCUAAGAAAGUACAGGCACAGCUGUAUACACUGUAGGUCACAAUAGUAUGACCUCCUUGAUGGUUCAGGGAUACACAGAUCACAUAUUACGUAUCCUUUACAGACAGUUUCAGAAAGGCUGCAAUGGGACAUUGCAUUCACUUAGUAUUCGUUUGGUAUUACUAAGGUUUAUGUUGCCAUUUUCAUUUGUAAGCAAUGGCUAAUGUUUCUCAACCACGGUAUUAAAUCAGAUUGCUCAAUUAUCUCAUUGUUUGUAUUCAAAUCAGCUGAAUCUCAAUCCAGAUUUGGUUUACUAUCACUGGCAUAUGUCGUGAAGUUUGUUGUUUUGGAGCAGUACAGUGCAAUAAAUAAAAUAUACUAUAAAAUUACAAUAAGAAAUGUAUAUAAAAACUCAAAUAAGUAAUACAAAAAUAAAGUAAAAAUGGUGAGGUAGUGUUCAUGGGUUAAUUGACCAUUCAGAAAUCUGACGGUAGAGGGGAUGAAGCUGUUCCUAAAACAUAGAGUGUAUGUCUUCUGUAUUUUUUCCCUGAUUGUAGUAAUGAGAAGAGGCCAUGUCCAGGGUUGUGAAGGUUCUUAAUGAUGGAUGCUAUCUCUUUAAGGCAUUGCCUUGUGCUGCAUUCCCUGUAAUACUACAAAACAGCACUUAAAAACACUUCAUUGAAUUCAAUGUUUUGAACACCCUGAGGUAGUUCUUCCCAAGUUAGAUAGGUCAGAGAAGAUAUAUCAUGAACUCUUAUUGUGUAUCUCAAUCUCAGAAUGCUUACAACCACCAUAGUCUGGCUGCUGCUGUAAUAAAGAAAAAGCAACAGCCAGUUUGAGUAUACUAAGGCCCUACAAGCGCCAACAAGAUGGUGAUUAAUUUUCUUUAGUAAAGCUUUUUGAAGGAUUAAUCUUACCCAGGCACUCAGGCAAAUUCCUCUGCUCUUCCAGUAGAGAGAGAUUUUGCAUCCACCUGACAGGAAGAACAGUUUUUGUGGAAUUAUUUCUCUGUUCAUUCUUUACAUUCUGCACUUUAUUAUAUUUGCUGAAUAAUUAUGAAAAGAAAGGAACAACAGGUAUGAAUUUUCCUUUGCAAGUGGGUUACUCUUGAUCUGACCAUUCGAUCUGCACCAAUUUCCAACACAAUGUACUUGCAAGGUUCUUUAGU